AUGUCUGAAAAGAUUGUUGAAGUAGGCACAGCUUCUGCAGCUGAAGAGUGCAAAGCUGGCCACUUUGAAGAUACCUCAGCCCUUGAAGCAAAGCUUCGAAGAAAAUUCGACUUUCGGAUACUCCCCAUUGUUACCGGCAUAUUCUUGCUCGCCUUUAUUGAUAGGGCAAAUGCAGGAAAUGCGCGAAUUCUCGGUAUGGCAAAGGACUUGGACCUUCGAGGAUAUCGAUUCAACAUUGCGAUGACAGCCUUCUACUGCAGCUAUAUUUUUCUAGAGAUACCGGCAAAUAUGAUGUGCAAAUGGCUUGGGCCCAAGAUUUGGCUUUCCUUCCUCAGUUUCGGCUUCGGCGUCGUAACAAUGUGCACUGCAUUUAUCACGUCAUACGAAGGACUGAUAAUUGCUCGGGUAUUCCUUGGAGCCCUCGAAGCCGGUAUCAUGCCUGGAAUAAGCUUCACUCUCUCACAAUUCUAUCGAAGACACGAGCUCGCAACGAGAGUAGGGUUUUAUGCCAGUGUCUCCCCGCUCAGCGGUGCGUUCGGCGGUCUCCUCGCCACCGGCCUUUCGAAAAUCCCCAAAUGGGGAAUGAUCCACACCUGGAGAAAUAUCUUUUUUUUUGAGGGACUUCUUUCCAUCUUUCUUGCCGUGGCUUCAUAUAUCCUACUUCCGAACUCUCCAGCAACUGCAUCAACACUGACAAAGGAGGAGAGGGUAUAUGCCGCAUGGCGUAUCGCUGACGAGAGCAAAUCUCACAUCCCGCAAAAGACUUCGACGAAGCACUUCAAGAUGGCAAUUUGCAACAUCAGUGUGAACAUCAUGGCGUUUGCAUGCAGCUGUACGCUCCUGACAAUGACGUCCCUGUCAAUCUUCUUACCCUCUAUCCUUAACAGCAUGGGGUACACCGCUAUUCAGUCCCAGUUGAUGUCUGUCCCGCCAUUUGCAUGGUCGACCGUCGUCUGCCUUUGCAUUGCUUAUGCUUCUGAUCGCACCAAGUCCCGGGGUGUUUGGCUUUUGGGGGUUAUGCCCUUUACAGCCGCUGGCUUUCUUGUUCUGAUCCUAGUAACUCAACCAGCUGUUCGCUACUUUGCCACAUUUCUUGCCCUUACAGGGGCUUUCACAUGCUCUCCAAUGCUGGUAGCAUGGACAGUAGACAACACAGCUGGCCCUAAUGUUCGCGCUGUGAGCUCUGCAUAUGUGGUCAGCAUUGCCAAUCUUGGGGCCCUUGUGGCAACCUGGACAUAUCUACUUCCAGAUGCACCCAGGUAUAUCUCGGGCCACGCGAUCAACUUUGGAGCAGCGGUCUUGUGUUGUGUCAUGAUGGCAGUGGCAACAGUAUAUCUCAGAUGGCAAAACAGACCUAAAGAGAGAGGUGAAUAUGAUCAUCUUUUGGAGGGACUAAAUGAGGAGGAGCAGGCAGCACUGGGGCAUAAUCACCCUGAUUAUAAGUUCACACCAUGA